AAAUAAGUGUACCAGACUCUGAGGGCAAGAUGAAUUAUUGACACGAGCCCCACGCCAUUCAUAAUUAAUGGAUUUGCGCAUUUAUGUGAAAAAUUCAUGAUGGAAAAAGCCUGUUAAGCUCUGUAGAUAAUUAGUGUGUCAAUUCAUCUUGUAAAUUGAUUAACUUUUAUCCAUAAAAAGUCUAACCCUUUCCUGUGAACGCUGCCACUAGUAAUGAGCCAGAAUGCUUUGAUUUGAGAGGGAGGAAGAGGAACCUGCAUGGGGUGCAGGGAUAGGCCUGAAAUUGAUUACUGUUCAGACUGGCAGAUUGCCAGCUACCUGUCAAACUAAUUAAUUAAGCAGCAAUGGAGCUUAGAGAAGCCAGCAGUGCGCCUUUGUAUGAGCAAAAGAGAAAAGCCUAUUAACAGGCUGGUAAUGCACAUUUUAUUGGGGGUGUAUGAAAAAAGAAACAAAACAAAGACAGUUAAUCCAGUGUCAUAUCGAGGCCAGAGGACGAAUGAAAAACACAGAUAUAAAGUAGAUGACAAACUAAAUAUUGUUACUGGCUCACUCACUCUUGAAUGACUCCUGCAGCUUUUUUUGGUGCACUGAAACAUGACGCAAGCAGCUACUGAACGUCCACAUGACAACAAAGCGCUGGUUGCCUCUUACUUUUUUAGUCAAGUUGGGUGUUUUAAAGUCAAAUGACACCAGCGUUUUGUAGGUUAAGUUAGCCGGUGAGCUAACUGUGAUAGCUGGCUAAAUGACUGGCUGAGAGGAGCUGCAGUGAAGUGUAACCUUUCCUCGCUUAUUGGCUCGCUAAAACUUUACACGACAGUAAUACAACGGUGACGACUGUAGUAAAGUCUGCAUUGAGAGUGCAAAUGAGGUGAAACAGUUCAUUAAAAUAUCAUAAUUUUAGUAUCAGCGUGACAGCUAACGUUACAGCUAACUUACAGAGUCCAAACGAGCCACUGUGGACAAAGCUGAAGAUGAAGGACUUUCACUUACCACCACGACAGCAGCAGCGCUCCAAAACAGCCGGAGUCUCUUCAACCCUGGCUAUGGUGAUGCUGGGGGCCAGGGGCAACACGGCCACUCAGAUGUCAGAGGUGGAUACAAGACACAAGACGUGUGUCCAAACCAUAAUGCAGGCGGGUGUGUCUUUCAAUACUGGGUGUGAUUUCCAGACACUUUCUCAGGCUCCAGGCAGACCUCCUUGAACUUGGGUGUGUCACAAUAGCACAGAGUAGCUCAAACACAACAGAUCCUCCUUUAGCUGAAACAUUCUGGAUCACUCGCUGACUCGAAGAAGAUUGUCUCUCAAUACAAUGGCACCAUCAAACCCUCAAUCCAAAGCCAACACCACCUUCUCUCUGGCUUUGUUCAAAAAGCUGAGUGAGGAUGACAAAACUGCAAAUAUCUUCUUCUCUCCUUUUAGCAUCUCUUCAGCCCUGGCUAUGGUGAUGCUGGGGGCCAGGGGAAACACAGCCACACAGAUGUCACAGGUCCUCAGCUUCAGUGAGGCCGAGCAGCCGGAGCAGCCGGAGCAGCCGGAGCAGACAGAAACACAACAGACACCAAUUGAGUCGGCAGUUCAGUCGCCGAUGAAGUCGCAGAUGCAGUCGCAGAUGCAGACGAGGAUGCAGAUGCGGACGAAGUUACAGCAGUCCAGCAGACUGCCACUGUAUCUGCAGAAGUGCCUGAAACCCCAGAAUGGUGAGGAUGAUGUCCACGCUAACUUUGCCCAACUGCUGAAUGAAUUCAAAAAGCCAGACGCUCCGUAUGCACUCAGCCUCGCCAACAGGCUGUACGGGGAGCAGUCCUACCAGUUUGUUGAGGAUUUCUUAGCAGAAAUCAGAAAGCACUACAAUGCUGAGCUGGAGUCAGUGGAUUUCAUCGCCGAUGCAGAGGUGGCCAGGGUCAACAUCAACAGCUGGGUGGAGAAGAACACACAAGGUAAAAUCAAGGACUUGCUGGGCGCGGUGGACAACAUGACCAAGCUGGUGCUGGUCAAUGCCAUCUACUUCAAAGGCAACUGGAAUAAGCACUUCAUGAAGAAUCUUACUGUUGAUGCUCAGUUUAGAAUAAAUAAGAAUGAUACCAAACCGGUGAAGAUGAUGUGCCAGAAAAGUCAAUUUCCUCUCACCUUCAUUCCUGAGGCCAACUGCCAGGUCCUAGAGAUGCCUUACAAAGGGAAGGAGCUCAGCAUGCUCAUCUUUCUGCCCAAAGAGAUAGAGGAUGACACAACAGGCUUGGAGAAGCUGGAGAAGCAGCUGAGCUAUGAGAAAUUUGUGGAGUGGACUUGUCCAGAUGUGAUGGGUCAAACUGAAGUGGAGGUGAAGCUCCCUAAAUUCAAGAUGGAGGAGAAAUAUGACCUGGAAGAUGUCCUGACCAGCAUGGGCAUGGUGGACGCGUUUGAUGCCACAAUGAGCAACUUCUCUGGCAUGUCUCCAGCCAAUGACCUGGUUUUGUCAAAAGUCGUCCACAAGGCUUUUGUGGAGGUCAACGAGGAGGGAACCGAGGCUGCUGCUGCCACCGGCGUCAUUGCCGUGAACCUCUGCUACAUAAUUCCCACCGACUUCAUAGCAGACCACCCCUUCCUCUUCUUCAUCCGACAUAACUCCACCAUGAGUGUUCUCUUUGCCGGCCGAUACUGCUCCCCCGAAUGAGCACUACAAUUUCAAGACCAGGAUUUUGCAAUUAGGCGCCUUGCCCAGAUUCUGCUUAUCUGUGAUCCAUGUCCUACACACUGCACCCUCAUAUUCCAUUCAUCAUGUCGUUCACUCAUCUGUCACAAAACCGAAAGUGUUGCAAUAGUUUCCCAGAAUCUGUCAUUUGCAGGUGUGUUUGUGCUAAAUCACAAAUUUCUAUUAAACAUUCAGCUUAACAAUU